ACUGGUGGCUCUUCCGGUCAUCGAUACACCGACAAUACAUCCAUGUAUUAUCUAAAAAAUAAAGAUUUCCAAUAUAAACAAAAACAUUUAACUUAUGUCCGGUUCAGAAGACGACGAUUGGUUCAACCAGGAUGAGGAAGACCUGGUCCACAGCCUGGAGCAGAAGGUUCGUCACCAAGAGCAGGAAAAGAAUGAGGAACAGAUUAAAGUUGGAGAUUUCCGGGCGAUGAAUCUUCUGGCCAGCUCCGCCAUUGAGAAUGCGAAUCAAAAGAAGGACGCCUCCUGCCGUUUCUCCAUGGCGGAGUUCACCAAGGGCCUGGCAAUGCUCCCCAUCGACAUGUUCCUCUACUUCUUUUCCGAGGACAAGGACUUGUUCGUCAACCAACUGGUGCCCAACGACAACCUACAGCGAGUCGCCGUUUACCUGGACGUCAUAAAGUCGCUCUGCCAACUGGAGAUGGUUGGGUUCCAAGAGGAUCUCCUAGAGGCCUUCGUCAAGCAGACGGUACUCCAUGAGAAGAUUAAGCGUCUGAUAUUGACCUUGCUAUCGAAGGGUUCUGGCAGCCACUGGGACGAUGAAACGGAACUGAUGCUGAAGAACAUGAUGUGGUUGCUUGAAAGAGCCCAUAAGUUUGGAUUUGAUAGCCAGCAGGGCGAUGAUAUAGUGGAACUAUACAAAAAGUUAAAUGACCAUCUCAAAGUGGAAUUAUUUCAAGAAUCCCAUGAAUUUUCUUCUGCAUCCAUGGGGGAUGUAAAGCAAGAUAUAUAUCCUACUUUGGAGGCUCUAAUGAGUGAAGAAAGAAGCACGGAUGAGGAAGAGAUUGAUGCCACAUCGAAUGAUAUUCCGCAAUACAUAAAGAACCAGCGGGAAUUACUUCGAAAGGACUUCUUUGGACCGUUGCGGGAGUUGGUGCAACGAUUGCGGGAAGGUCGCGAUCUCAGGGACCUGGAGCAGCAGGGACUCCUUUGGCCCAGGACGACUCUCACUUUAAACCCCGAAUUUAACGAAGCGCAGAGGCACAGUCUGGUGUACCUCAACUUGCACAAGACGGAAGUCAACGAGAGGUGUUACCAAAAGGCAUUGGAGAACAUCAAAUCAGGAUCGCUUCUGUGUCUCACUAGAAGUCUAGAACUCGAAAAUCUUAUCCUGGCCACGGUCGGGUAUACGGUGGAGGAGAACCUAAAGAAAGGACGCUUAAGUGUGGAGAUUGUUUCGCAAUAUAACAUCGGUAACAUCUACGAUCAGCCACUAAUCAUGUUCCAAACACCCGCGUUUUUUGAGCCAUACCUGAGGGUCCACAACUACCUCAGCACAUGCAGUACGGAACAGUUUCCAAUGCGUCGUUACCUUGUGGAUGGAGAAUUGGAUGUACGGCCACCGGCAUAUAUGAAGAAGGAGCUGAAACUUACAUACAAUGGCAAGACGCUCUCCAGGGAGACCCCACCCCAACAGAUGCCCCUAAAUGAAACGCAGAAAAGGGCGUUUAUGGAGGCCCUCCACAGGGAGUUCUGCAUCAUGCAGGGACCUCCUGGAACGGGAAAAACACAUCUCUCCGUUGAGUUGGUCCGCUGCCUCAUAGAGAACUCCAAGGCAGCGGAUUUAGGUCCCAUUGUUGUACUGACCUACACCAACGACUCCCUGGAUAAGUUUCUGGUCAAGAUGUCGGAGCACACUCAAAAAAUAUUGCGCUUCGGCAGCCAAUCACGAGAUCCACGAUUACAAAAAUUUAACGAAGGAUCAGUGCACGUUGAGAAUGCAUCUCAUGGAUUGAAACGGAUCUGGUGGCUUGUCAGUUGUGAAUACAAGGAGAAGUUCCAGCUUCUUCAAAGCGCAUACGCUAACUUCGACGGCAGUGAAGAGAGCUACCAGGAAACCCUCAUUGCCCAGCAGAAAGUCCGGCAGGUGGCAGAGCGUCUGGAAACCCUGCGCGCCGUAUUCAAGUACUUCCUGGCCAAAAGUCAGGAUAUUGUGGCCAUGACUACUACGUGCGCGGCGCGCUUAAACUUCUUCCUCCGAUUGCUCAAGUCCAAGUGCGUGGUUUUUGAGGAAGCCGCUGAGAUUCAAGAGUCGCAUGUCCUAGCGUGCCUUACUCCGUAUACCGAACAUGUGAUCCUCGUGGGCGAUCACAAGCAACUGCAGCCCUUCAACGGCAGCAGUCAGGUGCAGCAAAUAUCGCUCUUUGAGCGUCUUAUCUUAUCGGGAAUGCCAUUUAGUUUCUUGAACCUCCAAUACCGAAUGCGUCCCUGCAUUGCAGAACUCCUAAUACCCACGAUUUACGAAGAACUGGCCAGUUCUGAUUCGGUGAAGACCUACGACGACAUCCGCCUAAUGGAAAAGAACGUCUUCUUUUUGAAUCACAACAGACCAGAGCAGCAGUUAUCGGACAAGUCCUUUAUAAAUCCCUAUGAAGCGGACAGUUUGGUGGAGCUAACACACUUUCUUCUGCAGAAGGCCAAGUACGAAAAAAGCGACAUAGUGAUCCUGUCGCCCUACAACGCUCAGGUGGAGUGCAUCAGAGAAAAGAUUGCUAGAAAGUGCCGGGCCAGUGUCCUGGUGUCCACGGUGGACAGUUUCCAAGGCUUGGAGGCGAACAUUGUGCUGCUCUCCCUCGUCCGAAGCAAUUCCGCCGGCCAGAUAGGAUUCCUGCGGCAGCCGAACCGAGUAUGUGUGGCCCUUUCCCGUGCCCGCUGGGCGCUCUAUAUAGCCGGGAACCUGGAGACGCUACAGAAGGGCAAUCGCAAGUUGUGGGGCAGCAUAGCUGAACGACUGGAAGGACAACAAUCCAUUGGACAAAUAGGAUUUCCGACAAAUAACUAAUGACAUUGUAAAUUGAUUCACUUUUUUUACUUUAUUAAUAAUGAUGAGGGGAUUUCGGUGAAAAAAGAUCGCCUGCCAAUUGCGCCCCGAUUGUUCCAUUAA